AUGUUUCCUCCCUUUGCAUCGUCUACGACUUUGGAGACUCAUGGUUUUCCCAUUGUUCAAAGACCAUACGUUGCAAAACCACCAUAUUCUGCUUCGGCGGGUGGCCCACCUUUUCCGCUUGCAUCCCUGAAGGAUGCGGACAACUAUGGCAUUCUGAGAUUGGCCAGGCAAUCUCCUGAACUCUUCCAACACCUCUGGUGGUGCUCAGCAGGGUUGGUGAUCGGUUGCUUUCUAAGCAUGGGAAUGCUACAGGAAGACUCUGAGUUGCGGCGGCACCUGGAUCCUAUGAUCCCGGUGAUGGGUGGAGCAAUGACAUGGAUCUUUGGCCGCAUGCUGCAAUUUUCGGAGGAGCUGGCUCAGUCCAAGCAACGUUGGGAACUGCAACAAAAAAACAUGGAACCUUUGCUUCAGGCCAAAAUGGAGGCGCAGAAAUCCCGCGAAGAUGCGGAAAGCUUCCGGAAAGAAGCAGAAGCACUAAGGAAGCAGGUGGAGGCCAUCCAGAAGCAGGCUGCGAAUCAAGCUUCCGAGCCUCUCAGCAAAGCCAAGCCCGUUCGUUUGGUAUGA